AUGUGCCCGGCCCCGCACCGAUUCGGUGCGCUCGCUAGACAACCAUUCCUAAUCCUAGCCUCCUCAACGGCUCUCGUAUUUACCGGAUGUGGAAUCAACUUCACUUUCGGUGUCUACCAGGAACUGUAUGAUUCCAUGUCGAAGCUUCCGAAUACUCCAUUCACAGGAGCCUCGCCCGCACAGAUUGACCUCAUCGGUACACUCUCCAUCGCGCUGAUGACUAUCGGGGCUCCAUUCACGACAGCCUGGACGAAGCAGUACUCGCCACGAGCGGUCAUCUGGAGUGGUGGAAUUAUAUAUUCUGUGGCACUUGUUCUUGCCAGCUUCAGUGAGGCCCUGUGGCAGUUUAUCAUGACCCAGGGUCUUCUUUUGGGGAUCGGAACGUGCAUGGCUUACAUGCCUUCCGUGACAGUGGCACCAACCUGGUUUUCCCGUCAUCGGGGCCUCGCCAUGGGCAUCAUUCUUUCAGGAACUGGGAUUGGGGGCGUUGUGUGGCCACUUGCUUUCCGAUCGCUUAUCGAGCGUGUCGGAUUUCGCAACACCCUUCGGAUCACGGCUGGGAUCUCCUUUGCUCUGAUCAUGGCGGCCGGUUGUUUCAUGAAGUGGCCAGCCAGCCAGCUGACCCGCAUCCAGACUGAGAACGCUGCAAAUGCGCGCCGAUUGAACUUCCUCCAAAUUCCACUGAUUGACUGGCGCGUGGUACGAACUCGCAAGUUUGCUGCGCAUGCGUUGGGCGCAGCGCUUCAAUCAGCUGCGUACUAUACUCCUGUGUUCUUCUUUGCCUCAUUCGCCCGGACAUUGGGAUACUCGCAGGCGACCUCGGCCAACUUCAUUGCCAUUUCCAACGCGGCAAAUGCACUGGGAAAAAUCGCGAUUGGAUAUGCCGCGGAUCGAAUGGGGAGACUCAACACCUUGUUUCUAUCCACUCUGGUCUCGGCAAUUGCCGUUCUGGCAUUAUGGCUGCCGUCCGCACUUUCAACCACCCAAGCCAAUGGGAGUGCACUCUUUAUUGUGUUCACUGUGUUUUAUGGAAUUUUCGCAUCGGCCUAUGUGUCCCUAUUUCCGACCAGUCUGGUCGAACUCUUCGGCGUGCAGAACUUCGUCAGUGUCAAUGGGGCUCUGUAUAUGGUCAGAGGGUUUGCGACGCUGCUCGGCACUCCGAUCGCCGGGCUCUUAAUUAGGAGCAACCAGCAACAGAAGACCAGCCCACGAAGCUAUGAACAUACGAGUAUCAUGGUGGGGGUGUUGCUUGCUGCUGCCACUUGCGCGGUACUGUGGGUCAGAAUCGAGGCGACUGUGACGCUGGAGGGAGGGCAGGGACACCGAAGGAAAUGGCUGAUGUAA